AUGGAGGAGGUGGACUCCCGGUCGCCGUCCCCACACAAGGCAGUGGACUCCAGCCCCGCCAGCUGCGCAGCCCUGCCGUCUCCCCCACUCCAGCAGGAGCCUCCGCCGUCCCCCCUGCCCGAGGAGCUGUCCCCCGGCGAGGGCGACAACUCAGCCUUCAACGGAGAGCUGGACCUGCAGCGCUACUUCAAUGGGCCGGGGCCCGCGCUGGGGGCAGGCGGGGGGCGCAAAGCCCGGCCCUACCCCUGCGCCGUCUGUGGCAAGCGCUUCCGCUUCAACAGCAUCCUAGCACUCCACACGCGGAUUCAUGCCAGCGAGACCCCCUUUACCUGCCCCUACUGUGGGCACCGCGCUGCCCAGCGCGGCCUCCUGCGGCUCCAUCUCCGCUCCCACCGCCCUGAGGCCUGCGCCCGCCUCAGCCACCAGAGCCGCCUGCUGCUGGAGCUGGAGGAGCGGGCGCUGCUGCGACGGGGCCCGCCAGCCGCCAGCGAGGGGGAGGAAGAAGAGGAGGAAGAGGAGGAGGAGGAGCCCCCCCCGCUGCCUAUCCCCCCACCAGCCCCGCCCCCUGCCCCCCCGUCACCCCCACCGCCGCUGCCUCCCCCCAGCUUCCGCUGCCCCUUCUGCAAAGGCAAGUUCCGGACGGUGGGAGGUGGAGCUGCAGCGGCACAGCCGGGAGGCCCACGCCCCCCCGGCGCCCCCAGCCCCUGCGGCGCCGCCCCCGCCGAGUUCCGCUGCCAGGUGUGCGGCCAGGCCUUCACCCAGUCCUGGUUCCUCAAGGGGCACAUGCGCAAACACAAGGACUCCUUCGACCACAAGUGCCAGGUCUGCGGGCGCUGCUUCAAGGAGCCCUGGUUCCUCAAGAACCACAUGAAGGUGCAUCUCAGCAAGCUGGGGCUGAAGGGGGAGCGGGGUGCGGCCGUGCCGGCGGCCGGCGGGAAGCCCAAGGCGCCUCGGGGGCUGCUGCUGGGCUACGAGGCACUGUACCCUGCCUUCCUGCCGCCCCCGGACAAGGCCGAGCAAGGCUCCUUCCUGGGCUACUUGGAGCUGCGCCCGCCGGGCGAUGCCAGCUGCGCCGAGCGGCUCCAGGCCACGGCCCGCGCAGUGGAGAGCGGGCAGGAGGCGGUUGCCCAGCUGUGGGGCGAGCGCCGGCGGCACAAUGGGGGUGAGGCGGCCAGGGAGGAGGGUGGCGCCGGCGUGGGACAGCACCGCUGCCCCGACUGUGCCCGGGCCUUCGCCACGUACCAGCAGAUGGCCCUGCACAGCCGCAGCCACCGGCCCCAGGAUGGUGACUGGGCCAGGGGACGGGCCCUGGGGGCGCUGGCCUCACUCCAUGCGGCAGCGGGACACGGGCUGCCCACGGACGGCGGGGGUGGCUCCAACACAGGCACCGGCUGGGGCACGGCCCUACCCAGCCCGGGGAUACAGGAGGAAAAGGGGCUGCGCAGCGGUGCCCUGCGUCCGGAUGGGAGCCGUGGCACGUCAGGCAAAGACUGUCCUUACUGCGGGAAAACCUUCCGCUCCUCCCACCAUCUCAAGGUGCAUCUGCGCGUCCACACAGGCGAGCGCCCGUACAAGUGCCCACACUGCGACUACGCUGGCACCCAGUCCGGCUCUCUCAAGUACCACCUGCAGCGCCACCACCGUGAGCAGAAGAACAGUGCUGGCGCAGGCGCGGCCGGGGCCUUGGAGCCACGGGGCCGCACCACUCCCAGUGCCCCCGCCAAGCCGCCCACCUUCCCGCCGGAGCUGCUGCUGCAGGCAGCCGAGAAGUACCGCGGGGCUUUCCUGCCGCAGGCCUGGGGCACGGCCAGCCAUGAGCCCCCGGCCCGGCCAUCCCGCCGCAAGCCGGCCUGCACUGGCCGAGCCCUGCGCAAUGGCCGGGCCGACUUUGAGCCGCUGGACCUGUCGCUGCGGCCGGCGCUAGAGGGGGUGCCACCUGGUGAGCUCACCCUGCACCGAUGUCUCUUCUGCCCCUUUGCCACCUCCGCUUCUGAGCUCAUGGCUCUGCACCUGCAGGUCCACCACAGCCGCAAGGCCCGGGGGCGCCGCCCUGUCACGGCCCCCCCCGCACGGCCCCAUGCCUGCCUGGGGCAGGACGGGGAGCAGCCCCCACCACACCCCCAGGAUGAGGGGCCUGGAGUUGGGGAGGAGCCCCCCACUGCCGUGGCCCACAUGUCCCAACAGCCCCCCGGAGCUCCCAUGGACACGGAGCCGAGUGAGAGGCAAGGGGAACUGGAGCUGGUGCUGGCUUGAGGCAGCAGAGCAGCCAGCUGGGGGCCCUGCUCUCCCCACGAGGCCUGGAGACCCCAGUGUCUGGGAGGGGCAGGGACAUGACCCCCCAAGUCCUCCCACUAGUGGGGCAAGGUGGACGCAGGGGCCUGUAGUGUAGACAUGAAACACUAACACUGGGCGGGAGAACUCGCUAGAAAGUAGACUCAUAGGGACAGUGAGCCAGCAGGGGAGGGAAGCCGCGAGGGGGCAGAGAGUUGGGGGACAGAGAGCCACUGAUGGGGGAUAUGCCUGGUGAGGGCAGAGAACCAUGGGGAGUGGACAGCCCCUGCUGCCCUGCACCCGCUCCAGCCCCACUGGCUGGCAGGGGGCACUCUGGGUGUAGUGGGGUGCUCUGGCUGGCCGGGGGCUGAGUCAGAGUGCCCUGGCUGGCAGGGGCCGGUGGCUGGCAGGGGGCUGUGGUGGGGUGCUCUGGCUAGCGGGGCGCUCUCCCCUGGGGUUGUGGUGGUAGUUUCCUAGUGUCUGUAGACGUCUGCGUUGUUGAUUCCAGUGUUGUCGUGCUAACAGAGGCCCUGGCGGAGGCUGUGGGUCGAUGCGGCUCUGGGACACGGAGUGCUGCCCACGAAGCGGGCCGAGCAGGGGCAGCCGUGUCCUGGGGAGGGCCAUGUCCAUGGAAGGGUCCCUGGGUGGGUGAGUGUCCACACCCUGGCCUUGUCUCCAUGGGGACUCAUGCUGUAGCGUGGUCUCCGUGGUGAUCGUUGUGUGGCCUCCCUCCUGUGGCCGCCGGUGCUCGGCGCUGUGGCCUCGUCUCCAUGGUGAUCGGUGCCAUGGCCUUGGCCCCGUGGCGAUGGUUGCUGUGGCAGCUGGACGAUCCGUAGAGUUCUCUAUUUUUUUUAUUCUUUUCUUGUAGAAAAUUCGAAACAGGAAAUAAAAAGAAAAAUGAA